AUGCUCUGCAACUUAUAUAUAGCAGCUGCUGUUCCAAAUAUAAUUUUCAAUACUUUUUGUCAUCUCAAAUGUAAUUUAAACUUUUGUGGCACUCUAAACAAACUUUUCACCUGUUCAGAGAUUCAAAAUUACUCAAGGAAUUCAGCAGAGUUCAAAAUAUUUGGGAUCAGAUUUAAAACAUCUGUCCGUAUUUACUGUGAUAUGAAUCAAAAAAAUGGUGUUGGUGUUACCGUAAUUGGACACGACAGUGAAAGAAGAACACGUGUUGAAGGAUGUCAGAGUGCUGGCUGCUACCGUCGAACCGAUAAAGUUGAUCUACCAAUGCAUGUCAUUAUCAAAAUAAUUCGAAAUUCUGCGAAUAGUGAGCAGUUUAUAAGAUAUGAGUGUUACGGUAGCAUAAUAACAGAUUAUGCAAGAUCGGUAUCUAGAAAUGAUAUCACGAUGAAUUUGUGGGAGGGUGCAGCAAAGGGCAGUGAAAAUUGUGAUUGUGGAACUACCAAAAGUUGCAGUGAAAUUAGUAAAAAAUGCAAUUGCGAUAAAAAUGAUGAAACUUGGAGAUCAGAUAGUGGAUAUCUUACUGACAAAAGUUUGCUCGUUUCUCAACUAAAAUUUGGCGAUGCUACUAUUUCUUCUGUAGAAAAAGGGUAUUACACCGUUUGGAAGUUACGGUGUUGGGGUUGAGCAUCUUGAACAUAAGAAUACUUUUAUCAUUUUAUACAUUUACAAAUGCAACUUUUUUUGCUAGUUAAGUAUUAAUUUUCUUACUGUCACACUUUUGUCAACAUGUUUGUAUUACGAUCCUUUCCUUUGAUGUUUCCAAUAAUGUUUGUGUAAAAUGUCAAAUAAACUGUUUUAAAGCGUGUAUAAA